AUGUUGUCAGUUGCAAUGCAGUUCAAAGAAGUCUUCCCUCGUUUUCAAGAUCGAGAACCAAGCUAUACAACUCUUCCAGAUGAUGAUGAUUGGGAAAAGGUUGAAAAAGUUUCCAAGUUGCUAGAGGUAUUUAAUGUUGUUACAAAUAUUAUUUCAGGUAGUGAAUAUCCAACUGCUAACUUAUAUCUUGCUAAGCUAUUUCGAAUCAAACUAGUUUUAGAUCAAGCUAUCCAAGAUGAAUCUGAUUUUAUGAAAGAAAUGGCAAAAGCGAUGAAGGGAAAAUUUGACAAAUAUUGGAGCCAAUGUAAUCUUGUUAUGUCGCUUGCUUCUGUUUUGGACCCUAGGAUCAAAAUGAUGGGUGUUAACAUGUGUUUUCCCUUAAUUUAUCCGGAAGUUGAAGCUAGAAAAAAUAUAGAAAAUAUGCGUAUCGCGCUUGAUGAUAUGUACAAAGAGUAUGCUGAUAUACUUAGUGAGCAUAGUGAAGAAGGAUCUAGUAGAAGUGGUGUUGAUCAAAAUGGGCUUAUUUUGGAGUCACAAAAAUCCUCAGGGUGGUCAUUGUUAAUGAAUUAUGUCGAAGAACAACAAGCAAUUCCUGCUGUAAAAUCUGAAAUUGAAGAGUAUUUGAAUGAGCCAACUUACAAACCUAAAGAUAACGGCCAUAUGUCAUUUUGUGCCUUGGAAUGGUGGAAAUUGAAUUGUGGAAAAUAUAGAGUGUUGUCCCAUAUGGCAGCAGAUGUUCUUGCCAUUCCAAUAUCUAUUGUGGCUUCGGAGUCAACCUUUAGCGGCGGAGGGAGAGUUAUCGAUUCAUUUCGAGCUUCUUUAAGUUCAUCUACUGUCGAAGCUUUAAUUUGUGGUGGUGAUUGGCUUCGAAUAUUGCAUGGAAUUAGGAACAAACCUAAGGAUACUUGGGCAACUUCUAAGCAUUGUAAAGUUUAUAAUAAACCAAAGGUUCAUCAUGAAGAAGGUUCAACAAGUUCAAAAACUCACGUGUGUGAGUUUUGUAACAAAACCUUUAGUAGUGGAAAAGCAUUAGGUGGCCGUAAAAGAAUUCAUAUUCAAGUCCUAAAGAAAGAGGGUUUGACUAAAACAAAAGCUAAUUGCAAAGCUUCUUAUGGUGGUUCUAUUAGGCUUGAAGAAUUAAUCUCUAGAAUCAAAGUUGAAUUGAUUUCGGCCGAUUUUAAUCUAGAAAAACUAAUUAAAAAUCCUAUGGAGUAUUGUUCAAUUAGUUAA